UAAUUAAAAUAAUAUGUUGCCAAAGUUACUUUCUUUUGUGUAGAUUAAUUUAUUUAAAUAUUAGGUUGGUUGUGUGUUUGUAAUUGAUGCAUAUAUUGUCUAACCCAAAGGUAAGUGAAGGCUAGCUCACGGAGUUUCCAUGCUUUGUGGCUACCAUCUUCAAUCUCAUGCACUACUCUUCACUAAUAUUAUAAUUAAUAAGAUAUUGAUUAUAUUUUAUGACUCUUUUUAUUAAUUACGUAGUCAUUACUAUAUUUUUUAUUUUGUCUAUCUACUGAUUUAUUUGAAAACAGUUGAAUAAAUGGCUACAAUAUAUACAACAAUUAAGGAUAUCACCCCAACUACAGAAAGUUGUAAGAUUGAAAUGAGAGUGUUAGAAAAAUCUGGAAAGCGGACAAGCAAGAGUUCACCACUCAAAUAUCAAAAGCUUAUGUUAGCAGAUAAAAAGGGUAAUGAUGUUGAAGCAGUAAUAUUUGGCACUGAAAUUGAUGCUAGAGAAAACACUUUGGAAGUGUUCCACACUUACUACCUUAGCAACGCUUAUGUAAAAAAACAGCCCCACCUUUCGAUAAAAAGCAAGACUACAAAUAUUCUUGGACAUUGAACUCAAGAACAUAAAUCGAAGAAAUCCAAACAGAAGACAACCAGAUAUCAGCACCAAACUAUGAUUUCAUUCCGUUUAGCGACCUCCAUACACCUAAAGAAUUCAGCAAACCAAUAGAUAUUUACAAUUUGAUUUUCAUAUAUAUAUAUAUAUUCCUCAUUG